AUGGACAGACGUGGUCACAGCCCUGGUCGGAUCAGCACAUACGGUCUAGCAUGUAUGCAAUGCUUCAAGGCAAAGUGUCGAUGUGUGCCGCGCUCUAAUGGGCCUUGUGAGAGGUGCCACCGUCUCAGAAAGGACUGUCAACCAUCAGAAUCCGCUCGCAGACGAAAUGCUCAAAAAUCCCAGCAAUCCCAAGAAUCGGAUGCGCGAAUCGCACAGCUAGAAGGCAAAGUUGACAUUUUGAUGUCUAUGUUACAAGCGACCGCUAGUUCUUCUUCUGGGUCUUCGCCUGUCGAUAUAAACCGAUUUAUUACCGGUGGACAUGAUACAUCGAAUUCUACGACGUCUGGUUCUACCCUUCAAGGACCGACACCUCCGACGGAGUCAUUUCCGACCUCCUCGUCAGAUAUACCACCCAAACAAGCUGAGGAAUGUUUAGAAUUCUUCCGGACUCGAAUGCUGCCACAUUUUCCAUUUUUCAACAUACCCCCUGACCUAACCUCAUGGCAGCUCCGUGUCAAGCGGCCGGUUCUAUUCCAGGCUAUAGUGGUAGUUACCACGCACUCAACACAAAAGAAAUUAUCACGAGCUGAAGACUUCAAACGCCUCGUCUUUACCUCUGCGCUGGUUGAGGUUCAGUCUAGUAUUGACCUAUUGCUGGGUAUACUAACGUAUAUUGCAUGGAGCACCGACGCGUUUCUGGGUCGCGCAAAUCUGCUUUCUAGGAUGAUGAUGCUUGCUAUUUCUCUGGUAUGUGAUUUGAGAUUGUUUAAGCCUUCAUCGCCAGAUGUACAGUUGAUUAUCAGGCUUACGCAGGGGUAUUCUGAGGGUGAUGAGGAAGCUGCGAGUGCUGCGAGUGGAGGGACACUUCAGAGUUUUCUGGAGCAGCAGAAGGUUGUUUUGGCUUGUUUUGUUUUGAGUUCAAAUAUUUCGUCUCAUUUUGGGCGUAUAGACGCUCUGCGAUGGACUCCUCAGAUGGAAGAAGCGCUGCGCAUCCUUGAGAGGAAUAUGUCGUGUCUUGCAGACGAGGCGUUUAUAUUUCAAGUGCGAUUGCAGUUGCUGACACAGAGGGCCGCCCAUAUUCGAGAGCAGCACGAGGCCGAUCGUGCUCGUAUAGAAACAGCUGCUGCUACCAUGCCGAUUCCAUCAUACCUGUAUCUGAAAUCCCUGCAGAAACAGUUGCAGGAUUUCAGAGAUGCGCUCUCCCAAAAACUUCGGCAAGAAGAUAUCCUGAUUACAUACGGCCAAUACGUCGAACUCUACAUAGAGCAGGCAUCUCGCUCAGUUAAUCCUGAUACCUCACUUCUCAACACAGCAACCGGACAAAACAUAGACAACGGCACGCUUGUACCCGGCUACGAACGCAUAGGCUCACUAUGGAAAUCCGUCGAAUCCGUCAAAACAUGGCUAGAAGCAUUCCACCGCAUCCCUCCAUCAGACUGUAUCGGUCUACCAUUCCACUUCUGGUCUCAGGUAAUUCGCUGCACCGCAAUACUGAAAUACCUAUCAACACUUGACGAUCCAGCUUGGGAUUGUCAACUAGUACGCAAAGCCGUCAAUAUUAUUUCAGCUCUAGAAUGGAUCCCCAAAAAGCUAGAUGAAACGAGUAAAGAAGCCGGUCUGCAGUUUGAUGAUGAUUUGUUCAAGUUACUCUCCAAACUUUUGAGGAGAUCUCGGGAGUGGGUUGCGGCUAAGUGGAAUAUUUCAUCUGAAAUGCGUCCUGAAACGGAUGAUGUUCAGGUUGUUGUUCCACCUGCGCCAAAUGCUGGGGUUGAUGCUUCAGCUAGUAGUGUCAUUAUUGAUAUGCCGGAUUUGGAUGGGAUACCUUGGAUACAGUCGAUGGAUUUGGAGAGUGAUAAAUGGUUUGAGGAUGUAUUGGGACGACGCGUAGGUGUUGCUCGUUAUACACCUUCGACAACUGCCACGUUGGCUUCCCUGCGAGGAAUCGGAAGGGUCACCUUCCGCGGAACAACCCCCCGAACAGCACGUCCUACGAUCUGGGUAUCUGCGACUAGGCUAUUAUCUCGUUGUUCGACCAAUUCAUUGCGAGACUUCCACAGGAAUUCAACUUCCAACAUCGAAGAAUUAUAUAAAUCGCUCGCUGAGCAGCAGCCUGCCCUGUCCGGCGCGCAGAUCGUCCCGACAAUCCAACCUCGAAAGGGCCCCGGAGUGAGAAGUCGUUAUUACAUUUUUGAUUCCCAUUUGCAUGACCAAACUGAGGAUAUUCGCCAGCCUCCGCCGGAUUAUCUAGUCAGCAGACCCAUGAAGUUCUUCUACCAGGUGCUUAGCACCCCGACGGCCGACAGCCCCGGUUCCACCAUUGUCCUGAAUUAUCCCAAUCGAAGAUAUGUAUUUGGACAUUUGGCGGAAGGUACGCAGCGAGUGUUUAUUGAACAUGGCUUCCCUUUUUCAUAUUUGAAUGAUAUGUUUGUGACGGGAAAGACUACAUGGCACAACUACGGCGGUACAUUGGGCAUGAUCCUUACACUUGCCGACUCGCGGACGAGUGGAUUGAAGGGCUUGGAAGAAGGUGACACGAAAACAUCAAAAGUGGAAGCUGCUCUAUCUAGGUUGACCAUACACGGUGGCAGGAAUGUGAGCCACAUGUUAGCGACGGCGCGGAGAUUCAUAUUCAGGAAGGCUUUGCCAAUUUCAGUAAAGGAGUAUGAUUCAACAAGCCUUGCACGUGAUCAGCGAGGGAACAGCAAUGACAAAGACCCGUUUCAGAAGCCCACAUUUGUGGAUGAAAAUAUCAGAGUUUGGGCAAUGGCGCUGAAGCCGAGUUACGAGAUACGCCAUUUUGAAAGUCGCGCCGGAUUCAGGAGUCCUCGGAAGCGAAGUUUGAAUGAAUUCGAAGAACGUGACAGCGAACAAUCUACAGCUUCUGAUGCUCGCGACAAGGAUCAGUUGCUGCGUGAACAUAUUGUGAAGGAUAUGUUUGACAGUGAUUGGAAACUCGAUGCUUUGUAUGAGGAAAAUCUGUACGAUGUCAAACUGCCUGCGACGAUGUUUGUGCGUAACCCCGAAACCAAAGAUCUCGAGCGGUAUCAAGGACCACUUCCUGGAAGUUCCGGUAUAGUUCCCAAUAUCAAAGUUCUAGUCCGAAGACCAUGGCCUGCCGCUACAUUGGACAGGCUGCCUCCCACCACUCCGUCAUCCGAGUCUCUCUGUUAUUUUGUUCGCAACCACGACCAAAGAGGAGCUUUCGACCCCAAAAAAGCAAUAGAAUUGGGUGUUCCAAGAGGCCCUGCUUUCUCCCAGCUCACAAAAGGACUUAGCUACACUACUGAAGACGGCACCGUUGUUACUCCGGAUAUGGUUUUGGGACCGACUCGUCCUGGUAGAACUGUUGCAUUCAUUGAUUUGCCAUCAACACUGUACAUUGAUGACCUUAUCUCACGUCCCGAGUGGAAAUCACCUACUUUGACCGAAACCUUGUCAUCUGUUUUCUGGAUUCUUGGUCCUGGCGUUGCUGAAGAUUCUCGUCUUUUGGAUUUCAUUUCUGGCUUGAAGGGUUGCGAACAUGUUGUCUCUUCAACUGAUGUUUGUCCCAAUCGUUUGACGAUGAUGGCUGCCGCGAAGUCCUCACUUCGCCUUGCUAAGAUCAACAGCGAAAACUUUGCCAUUCCGUAUCAUGAUAAUGUUACUGUUCCCCAACCUGGUACUCGCCCUAAUGGACACAAUUCAAAUGCUUCUACUACUCAAAAGCCAGAUUGGACGGUUUCUUGUCCGGGUCUUUUGUUGGAUAUGGAACCCAACUUUGGUAUCAACGAGAGCGAACUGAUCCCCCAAUUGGAUACACGUGAUGUCGUUACGCGGAUACCAAAGGCAGUUCAACAGCGUCUUAACGUUAUCAGAAGGAGACUUACCAACCAUGAGGUUGUUAGACAGGUUAUGGACUUGCGAAAGGAACUCCCUCCAUUGGCGAUGGAGUCUGAAGUUGUUACACUAGGGACAGGAUCAUCUAGUCCAAGUAAACAUCGCAAUGUCUCUGCUACACUUUUGAAGGUGGUCGGAAAGGGAUACUACCUACUUGACUGUGGAGAAAAUACGCUUGGACAGCUGAAAAGAACAUACCCACCUGAACAGUUCCGCGAAGUCAUGCAAAACCUUCGUAUGAUUUGGAUCAGUCAUAUGCAUGCUGACCACCACCUUGGUUCUGUUGCCGUGAUCAAAGAAUGGUAUGAGGUCAAUUACGGAGCCAGAUCUCCCAGCACGGGAUCCGCGCCAGAGGACGUGACUGAAGUUUUGAAACAAAAGAGACUUGCUGUGGUUGGUGAAACCAUGUACAUACAAUAUUUGGAGGAGUACGCCGGAGUGGAGAACUUUGGAUUUGAGAAGAUCUUGCCCCUGGCAGUUCUUCCACCUGCCAUUGAAAAGCCUUAUACGUCGUUGGUUUAUCGAUAUACUCAGCCUGACGGAACCACUCAAGAAGACGGCCGUAAUCCGGUGUUUCUGAGGUUUGACACCCCAAAGAGCCAUCUCACCCCGCUUCUACAGGCAACUACUGGCCUCGUCAGUCUCAACGCUGUUUUUGUCAAUCAUUGCAGGCAUGCCAUGGGCUUAUCCUUGGAAUGGGAAGAUGGGUUCAAAGUAUCAUAUUCUGGAGAUUGUCGACCGUCGAUGAACUUUGCGCAAAUGGGCAGGGAUUCCACUCUUUUGAUCCACGAAGCUACUUUCCAAGACGAUCUACAAGGCCAAGCUCUUGCGAAGAAACACAGCACGACGUCAGAGGCAAUGAUGGUUGGAAGAUGGAUGAACGCGAAACUGGUGCUUUUGACCCAUUUUAGUCAGCGAUACGCCAAAAUCAGUAAAAUGGAAGACUCCAGUCGUAGACCAAGAGCGCAGCAUGACAACCCCAGAGCAACUUUUAAGAUGCAGAAGGGCACUUUGGAUAUCCCCGAUGACGACCCUCCCGAAGACGGGGCCGACGAUGAAGUCACUCAAGCGUUGGAGAGUGACUUUGACAGGCCAGAGAUGCCCGUCUGUAUGGCAUUUGACUACAUGGGCGUGAAAUUACGAGAUAUACCCAUUGCCCAAAUGUUCAUGCCUGCAUUUGAGAAACUCAUCGAACGUCUUGAUCGAGUAGCCGAGGAAGAAAGUGCUGUAACGAGGGAAAAGGCACGCAUGGCUCUGGAAGCGAAACAGGCAAGGACUGGGAAAAAGAAGAGUGGUGUGAAAUCACCGCAAAGACUCUCCUCUCGUAGCUUCUCUACCGAAGCCAAGAAGUCGGCUUGGAGUGCUAGUGAGUCGGAGAGUGGUUGGUCUGAUGAGGGUGAGGGAGAACCAGAGCAAAAGGAUACUAAGGCAUAA